CGGAAAGAAAGAAUGAUCGCGAAAAAUCACUUUUCGUAUCGGGCAUUGUUUUAAAUAAAUGUAAACAUUUUAUUUAGAUCUUAAAAAGCGUGGUAUUUAAGAUCUAAUACGAUGGAUAGCAUCGAAACUGUGAUCAAAAUGGAUAUUCUUAGUUUACCAGUUGUGGUAUUAGAAAAUAUCUUUUCGCAUCUAAGUUAUGAUGAGAUCGCCAAGAACAGAAUAGUGUCCAAAGCUUUUAACGACAUAUGCAUGCGUCUGUUGAAUCGUGGUUUCCUGAUGAUAGAGCGCCGACAUGCUUUAGCUUUGAAGACAGUGAAGGCUCAAUUGCCUCGGAGGGAGUCUGAACGAAGAUAUCAUCCACUGUCGAGACACAGUGACAUACUGACAUCGCUAGAGACCCGCAUAUCGAUGCUCAACAUGACCUACACUAAGUUCAUCGACAAUGGUAUAUGUUGCUUCAUACCGGGGAAGGUGAUAGAUGAAAUGCGUCGUGUUCUAUCCAUAGUGGAAACUUCAAAGACCCCUCCCAGGGCUCAUGAAGUACUCCAAGAGUUGAGGGAUAUAUCCAGCAUGGCUAUAGAGCAUUUUGAUGACAAAAUAUCCCCGGCGUUUAGAAAGAAACUGCAAGAAGGCGUGGUACAGCCACCUCCUAGACCGGCGCAUGGCGUUUCAGGUGUGUUGGCCCCAAUCGCGAUUCGUCAAGAGAUGCUUCUGCUCAGAAGACGGUUGCUGCUCAACACAAAGCUGUCCUUAUUCCUCACCGCUCAACAGAAGAAGUUCCACAAAUGGAUGAUGGACUAUAAGAAAGUGGCUUGGCGACAACGCAAGACCAUACGUAGCCUCUUGAGAAGGCAGAAGGAACAAGACACUACCAUAGCGGAUUUGAAGAAACGUAUUGAAGAGUGUGACAUUAAGUACAGCGAGUUGACUCAUACAAAUCAAGCUGUAGGCGGCAAAGCUAUAACGAGCCCUCCUGGAGAGACAUCGACUCAAUCUCAACCACUACGCCACUUCGGCAGUCAAAUCAAACUGGAUUUAUCUGUUCUACCAAUAGGAACGUCAAAACGAACACAGGCCAAAGUUAUGCCAAACAUUAAACCGCGCAAACCAGUUAUCAAACUGCCAAGUCUAUCCGAAGACGAUGCAGAACCGCCUCCGAAAAUGGCGAAAAUGUCCAAAGUGCCAAAGACAGACGAUAAACCUUCAACUUCCACGGCAAAAACUAAAGUACACCCCACUAUAGCCGAGCUACGAGGCAUUGCCAACGAAAUUAGGACCUUAACCAAUCUAACAUUAGAGAAUAAACUCAAACGUCCUGCUGGUUUGAAUGCUUUGGAUCUUUUGGAAGUAGAAGUUAAAAAACAGAAGCUCGAUUAGACAAGGUAAGCCAAAAACACUUCGCAUUAAGGCUGACAAUCGGUUGUAACUUUAGAAGCGGCCACGAAUAUAAAGGCAACAGUUUAUCGUAUUUUGAAUC